UAAAAAUUCAUAGCCCUAAAAUACAAGAGGGCGAUGUAUUUUUAUGCAUAUAAAGAGCUUAGUUGCAUAUUAGUAUAUCGGCAGUCUUGUACCACCAUCAUACAGUUAGCAAUCGCUUGUGUAUAUACCAUCUGAGCACAAUGGGCACAAAGCGGAAGGCGCUGUCGUUGGACGAUGAGUUCAGUAAAUUCGAGGCCGAAAUGGCCGCAUUAGAAAAGGAUAGUGCCACUGCACCUGCGCACACGAAAGUUAUUACGAGCGCGAAUGGAAAUGUGCAUGCAAGCACACAGCAGGGUAUUGGAAAAAGUAAUAGUACUCUUCCAUCUCCACACACACACCAACAGCAGCAUAGUAGUCAACAACAUAUGCAGACACAGAAUACUUCGAAUAACAAUAACAACCAACGCGCAUACUCGGGAGCACCUCCCAGGCCACCACAGAUAUUCAAUAACAAUCCCACACAGCAACGUACACAGGGUCACCCAAUGCAUCCCUCGGCACCUCCCAGAUCACAGUCACAGUCACAUACACAACAGAGAUCUGGCAUACCGCCGCAACACUCACAGCACGGGCCACCUGCACCGGGUAUACCGCACGGUGAUACUAUACCAGGCAUGCGACAACCUCCACAGCAGAGACCUCCAGGUAGUGGCUUGCCACAAGGGCCGCCACAGGGCCCGCCACAGGGUCCGCCACAGGGGCCUCUCAGGCCACCGGGACCACCGGUAUUUGUACCGCAAGGACCCCCGCAGAGUGGUUUACAACAGAGAUCAUUGAUUACUGAUAUGCCUAGAGGACCGCCCGGCGUGGCACAACAGGGCCCACCACGGCCGGUUAUGUAUACACCACCACCACAACAGCAACAGCAACAGCAACAGCUACAGCAACAGCUACAUAUGCCGAAUAGACCCCCUCUGGAAUUAGAUGCACCGACACAGAGUGCACCCGGGGCCAUGCAUCCCAGUCGAAUGGCAUUGCAGGGUGCCUCUCAACCACAGCCACGCCCGUCAUUUCCAGCAAAUGGGCCCGUGCCAGCAUACAUGCAGAAUGCACCACAGAAAAACAUCCAGGGACAGCUACCACCACAUAAUCAACCGCAAGCACAUACACAGCAGCACUUACACCAACCACCGCAUAUGACAGGGCCGAUGCAGCCACACGUGAACCACCAACAACUACAACAACAGCAACAGAAUCCCAUCAUCUUAAACGGUGUAUACCAGCCUAUGCAAAACGCUGCACCACCUCUGGAGAAGGAGAUUAAAGCGGCUCCCACAACGUACUCAGCGGCGCCCCAGAAGAUCGAGAAGCCGGAAAUCGGGCCGAGUAAACCCAAAGCGUCAGAUGAAGACGACUCCAAGAAUGUAAAAGAAACAGACGCUACAACCAGAUCAACUGAGAAAGCGGUAGAUAAACCUACUAACGCCGGUUACGCGGGCCCUCAAAUGCCAUCGUUUGCUGGACCCCAAAUGCCAAUGACUGGGCCCCAAUUGCCAAUGGCUGGACCACAACUGCCCGCAUAUGCUGGGCCACAGACUCCUUCGUAUGGACCUAUGCCUACAGAGGAAGAAGUUCUGGCUGCGCAAGAGGAGGAGGAAGCAGCACAACAAGAAGAGAAAAAGAAGCUGGCCAUCAGACACGCUGGUGGAAGGACCUGGAACGACUCGAAACUCGCUGAAUGGGAUAAAGAUGACUAUGUGAUAUUUGUGGGUGACCUGGGCAACGAUGCCAGUGAUGAGAUGUUGAAAAGGUCUUUUAGUCACUUCGCGAGUUUCCAGAAGGCGCGAGUGGUCGCUGAUACUAAGACGGGGAAGAACAGGGGCUACGGAUUCGUGAGUUUCAGAGAGGUGGGGGACUACGCACGCGCCAUGAAGGAGAUGAAUGGAAAAUACUGUGGGAACCGUCCCAUGAAGCUCAAACGAAGUAGCUGGCAACAGAGAUCGUACAAAGCGAAAAAGGCCAAGGGCGAAAUCAUGUACACAUCGAAGCGCUUAAAAUAGAAUAGUGCGCAAAAUAAAAUGAUAAUAAG